AUGAUUGGUUUACAGUUCGAACCGCCAAAGCAGUCAUUUGUGGCUGUUUUGCAACUUCACAUAGAUAAAUAUAGAUGCGAAUCAGUAAAAUCGGAUGGCUUCUAUUCUGCGUACGGAAUGCUAUGUGGAGUGAAGGUAUGUAGCACCCCUGUGAUCAUGGCGACGUUGAGUAAAGGUUCAGUGUCAUCUGUAAUUUUUGACUGCUCCUUCCUUCUUCCCUUGGUGCCGCCCGAAAAUGGAACUUUACAGUUCUCAAUACUAUCUCAUUCGGGUGGAGGGAAGAAGAAUAGACCGCUCGGUGUUUCGGCACUGUUUCCUCUACCUGAUUCACGACCACUUACUGACUCGCCAGACUCUGGUUUCUCCUUCCGAGCAGUUCGACAUCGGAUUCGUGUGCUCAACCAAGCUCAAUAUGCGCCUUUGUUAGAGUACUUGAAGCAAGGAACUGUUGAACUAUUUGAGUGGGCAUCUGAUGCCUUAUCAAUUCAACAACGUUCGCUGUUGUGCUGGUCCAUUGUCUCGCUACUUCUACCGAAUCGUGAUGAAUUGCUGCAGUUUAUAAGUCGACUUUUACGACGGGUAUUGGCAACGUGUUCCGCAGAAAAUGUUAUGCGACAAGAUUCCCUUACCACGACGAUGCUAACACAAACGUUGCGUAUAGGUGGUCGAUCACGACUAGAAGAGGCGCUUGAUGCAGUUGGGAUGUCUAAUGUGAAGCUUCUGCAACCGGCGGAUAUGGAUAACGUAAUCGAAAUGCUCGAUAAACUUGUGGCCCCUGAUUCGUUAGUGAACGAUCUACUCGUAACUGUCGCCCGCGUUGCCGCUGAACGAUUUCCUGAUGAACCACAUAUAUUGAGAAGAGUUUUAAGUAACGUAUUCAUUUUGCGCUUCGUCAAUCCGCUAUUAAUAUCUUACAUGAGUGGUAACUUGAUGAACCAGCAGUUGGCAAAGGCUGUGCAGGCAGCGGCUAACGUUGCUGCAGCAGCAUCUCCACGUUUAGAAGAUGUUACGGUUGGAUCUCAGUGUCUACGUGCUCUUUUUGAACGAGUCAGGGCUGCUGCUGCUUCUGCUGAACCAGAGAUACUGUAA